AGAAAAUAUCCGUUCACAUUGUUUUAUGUACUAACACAUCGGGCGGAUGCUCAUGUUAACCGCUUGCCUGUAUGUGGCAGCUGUCCGCGACAACAAAAAAUUAACUUUCUUUAACGAAGACAGCCAAGAAAGGACUGGAGUUAAAACAGAAAUUAAUCGAAGAGUUACGGAAAUGUGUGGAGACGUACAGAAACUUGUUCAUAUUCUCUGUGGCCAAUAUGAGGAACAACAAGCUGAAAGACAUCAGGACAGCAUGGAAACACAGCAGAUUCUUCUUCGGCAAAAAUAAAGUCAUGAUGAUUGCCUUGGGUAAAGGGCAAACAGACGAAUACAAAGAUAAUUUGCACAAGGUCACCAAGUAUCUACGAGGAGAAGUGGGUGUACUAUUCACAAAUAAAACAAAGGAGGAGGUACAAGAGUAUUUCAACCAUUUCAAAGAGACGGACUAUGCACGGGCCGGCAACCAGGCACAGAUGGACAUCACUCUGGAUGAGGGACCCCUGGAACAGUUUCCUCACUCAAUGGAGCCCCAGUUGAGGCAAUUGGGACUCCCCACUGCUCUCAAGAAAGGAGUGGUAACACUACUGAAGGACCAUGAAGUGUGUAAGGAAGGAGAUUUGCUGUCUCCUGAGCAAGCUCGUAUCCUGAAACUCUUUGGUAUCGAGAUGGCAGAAUUCAAGGUGCAGAUCAAAUGUAUGUGGAACUCAGAAACAAGCGACUUUGAGAACUUUGCUGGUGAGGAAGAGCCUAUGCACGAGAAUGAAGAUGAUGAUGAUGAGGAUGAUGCAGAAUAAAACAUCUGCAUGGGCAGGGGCUUGCACACACAUUUUCAAAAGUCUUUUUUUUUUUGUCAAUCUCAACACCAGAGGGACAUUGAUGUUGAAACCAUUAGUCCUGACCGCCUGUGCUACCCCCUGGACUCUAAAUCUUUCUCAUGUGUCCUUUCACCCCAAAACAUGAACCUCUGUCCCUCACACUGAUGACUGGAGUCAAGACUCAACAAUCUUGUAAAUGUAAUCAUCUUGAUGCCACUUGUUUUGUCAAGAUUUGUUAACAUGAAAAAGGUUUUGUAUUGUAUUCAAGUACUUUGCCAUUCAGCCAAAACAAAUAAGCACAUACUGUUUCAUGUGUUAGACCAACCCAUUUGAUGUAUGUUAUGUGUAAGAAAAACAUCUUGUUGAUAUGACAAAAAUUUGUUUU